AUGGGGAACGGAGAAAAGGGACCUAAAUAUGAACUUUUACCUUGGGAUGAGAAACAAGAAAUUAAAGCAUAUGCAAGAUGUACUGACAGAAAUAUUACCAGAUUCCCAUUUGGGAAUAGGCAUUUUUUAAAAAUCUUUGAGUUACCAAGUUGCAUAAAUACUACUAAAAUAGGAAAAUUUAGAGAACUCAAGAGGAGGCUAAAACAGUAUUAUGAUUUUAAAAAGCAAUCAUAUUUGAAUCAGUGUAAGAUGGCUCCAGGUCGGUGGUGGCUGUGUGGAGAUGGAUAUGCACGAAAGAGCUUGCCAGAGAACUGGGAAGGACAUUGUGUAGGGGGACAAUUGAUCCCACAGUAUACAAUACAUAAUGAAAUAACUACAGGGAUUGUAAGAAGUCCCUGGAGAAGGGUAAAAAGAGUACUGAACCCACUAAUAGAGAGACCGACGGGAUUCCAUAGUUUUGUCAGAUGGCUGAUUCCUAUGAUAGGAGUGAGUGAAUUAGAAAAGGCUAUAGUGAAUAUCUCAGCCAGUAUGGAGAUUGCCCUUGCAGCAACUGAGGAUGCCAUUCGUGCAGAGCAGAAGGAAAUAGAGAGUCUGCAUAAAAUUACAGGACAGUUUAAAUACGCUCUGGAUAUUUUAUUUGCCAAAGAAGGAGGACUAUGCACAAUAGUGAAUGAUAGUUGUUGCACAUAUGUAAAUGAGGAAAAGAAGAUAGAAAUGGACUUGCAUAAAAUAUGGGAACAAAGUAAGGUAUUCCAUGAAGUGAGCAGGGAUGAUAUAUCAUACGGAUUUUCAAACCUCUGGGAGAAGUUAACCUUGUGGAUGCCCAACAUUUUCUGGCUUAAACAAUUAUUAGUAGGAAUUGUAAUGAUUAUCAUAUUAAUAGUAUUAAUAGUAGUCUUGAUUAAGGUAAUUAUGUGUAUUGGAAAGAGUGAUGUGAAAUCAUAUGAGAGGUAUAAAAAUGAUAAACUUAGGCAUGAGUUGGAAACUGGAAAUUAUUUUAAGAAAAUAUAGUAUAGGAAUAUACUAUUGGAUGGUAGA